CCUGCUUCAUUUCCUUGAUCCAGAUAAGUUCAGGAGUAAAGAUGAUUUUGUUCAGAAUUACAAGAAUCUGGCUCUUUUAAUGAGAAUGAGCUUGCUAAUCUUCAUACGGAAUUAAGACUUCACAUUCUCCGAAGAGUUAUUAAAGAUGUAGAGAAAUCUUUGCCUCCAAAAAUUGAGCGAAUUCUUAGGGUUGAGAUGUCUCCACUUCAGAAACAGUACUAUAAGUGGAUAUUGGAACGCAACUUCCAUGACUUGAACAAAGGAGUUCAUGGGAAUCAGGUUUCACUUUUAAAUAUUGUGGUUGAGUUGAAGAAGUGCUGCAAUCACCCCUUCCUGUUUGAGAGUGCAGACCAUGGUUAUGGUGGCGACUCAAGAACCAAUGAUAGCAGUAAACUUGAGAGAAUUAUUUUGAGCAGUGGGAAGUUAGUUAUACUCGAUAAGCUGCUUGUUAGGUUGCAUGAGACAAAGCAUCGUGUUUUAAUUUUUUCCCAGAUGGUAAGAAUGUUGGAUAUACUAGCAGAAUAUAUGUCACAUAGAGGGUUUCAAUUUCAAAGGCUAGAUGGCAGCACUAAGGCUGAACUGCGUCAGCAAGCAAUGGAUCAUUUUAAUGCACCUGGUAGUGAUGAUUUCUGCUUCCUUCUUUCAACUCGGGCAGGUGGCCUAGGUAUCAACCUUGCAAUAGCAGAUACAGUUAUCAUAUUUGAUUCGGACUGGAACCCUCAAAAUGACCUACAGGCAAUGAGUAGAGCUCAUAGAAUCGGCCAACAAGAAGUUGUGAACAUCUACAGAUUUGUCACAAGCAAAAGUGUUGAGGAAGAUAUCUUGGAGCGAGCUAAGAAAAAGAUGGUUGAUGAUAUUCUCUUCAAAUUCUUGAGAAAUUUGUUUGCUUUAUAGAGUCUAAUAAUGCCUUUUGUUUUCUCUCACAAGUUUUACUUACAUCUCUACAUGUAUCAUUUAGGUUCUUGACCACCUGGUGAUCCAUAAAUUGAAUUGGGCAUAAAUUAUGUUGUAAUAUGAUUUCUUAAACCUAGACUAGUAGACUAAAUAUUGUAAUUACAUUUGAGUAAUUAAUAAAAAUCUAUUUAUGUUA